AACAAUAAAAAUAUAUUGUUUUCGCAAUAAACAACUGAAGCAUUAACACGGAGGACGAGCCUGUGAGUUUAUGGAAAAUGGCGAAGUCUAAAUUAGAGCGAAAACAAGACCACCAAGAAAGUCUAUUGAAAGGAUUAUUGCAGCUUUAUCAAGACCGGACACUGACUGACGUCACGCUAACUGUAGAUAAACGAACAUUUCCUUGCAACAGAAAUGUAUUGGCAGCUAGCAGUCCUUACUUUCGGGCUAUGUUUACGAGUAACGUACAAGAGACAUCACAGGAAAAUAUUGCAUUGUACGAUGUCACAGCUGACGCAGUCGAGUGUAUUUUGAACUUUAUGUACUCUGGUGUUAUUGACAUAGGCCCGGACAAUGCACAGGACAUCUUCAUGGCUUCAAAUAUGUUUGAGUUAUUGGAUGUUGUUGACUGUUGUGUUGAGUAUAUGAAUGGACAACUUCAUUGUUCUAAUUGCGUGGAAAUGUAUAGAUUUGCACAUUAUCAUCAUUGUAAAGCACUUCAAGAUGCUUGCAAACAUUUUAUUAUGCAGCAUUUUACUGACGUAUCAACUACCGACCAAUUUUUCGAGAUUGAUACAAAUUCCUUGGAGGAAAUUUUACAGUCAGAUGAUAUUUACGUAAAAACGGAGGAUUUUAUUUUUAAAGUAAUAUGCGACUGGGUAAAAUUUGAUGUAGGCUCUAGAAAAUCUAUUUUCCCAAGGUUAUUUCAUUUGGUGCGGCUUCCUCUCGUUACCCAACAAUUUUUCAAUGAUUGUAUUAUCAACAACGAACUAGUCCAAGAAAACCCUUUCUGUCAAAGUAUUAUUGAGGAAUUUCUACAUUCAGCUUAUAAUACUUCAUCAGACUUACAAAUACAAAGUAAGCAUAGUGGUGCAUAUAAAACUAAACAAAGAUCGGGAAUGUUGUGUCGAGAUUUAAUUGUGUUUUCUGGAGGGGCCAACGGAGAGCACGAGCGGUCCUUUACAGCAUAUGACCCGGAAACAAGAAAGAAUUAUUUCGGUCUUAAGCAUCAUCCAACGUUUGAUUUAAAAUAUAGAAUUGACUAUUUCAAAAUCGUAACUGUACAAGAAAAUGAGACAUAUUUUAUUGGUGGCAUUUUUCAUGACAACUACAGAUUCUCUGAAUCAGGCGAAGCUAUGCGGAAUGUGUAUAAAUACGAUCAAAGAUUAUCAGUAUGGACAGCGUGUGAUAAUUUGAUAACAGCAAGAUGUGCAUUCUCCGCAUGUUGCCAUGGACACUGCUUAUUUGUUUCGGGUGGAAAAGCAGUGUAUCCAACUGGUUAUCCUCUUGAUUCUUUCGAAAUGUACGAUGUUGAAUUAGGCUAUUGGAAAUUACUUGAGCCGAUGCCACUUAAACUUUACCAUCACGCAUCCGCUAUUGCAAAUGAUGGCGUUUACAUAUUUGGUGGAAAAGAUGUAUUAGAUGAAUUUUCUGAUAUGGUUAUGCGAUACGAUAUAAAAACUGAGACAUGGUAUAUCAUUGACACUAAGUUAGUUAACCCAAGAUGUGAACAUUCUGCUAUUACAAUGAAUAACGAGAUCUAUUUAAUAGGUGGAGUUACAAGGAGCUCAUAUGCAGUUGUCAUUCAGAUAUUUGACGUCAACACAAAUAGAUGGCGCCACGGCACUGAUUUUCCGGAUGACAGAAAGGUAACAGCCGUUACUUUGAUUGGUAACAAAAUUUAUGUGUGCGGUGGAAUACGUCAGUUUAUUCGAAGAAAUAAACCCACAAGAACAGUAGAAAGCAAAGAUUUGUAUUCAUAUAAUGUGAUAACAGACGCGUGGUGGAAAGAAUCUCGAAUGGUGCAAUAUGCAAAUUCAGUUACAUGUACUUACGCAAAUAUCAAUACGAGUUUUCUUACUGAAAGCGACUUUGUAAGCGUCGGUAGUGAUGCGUAAGAAAUACCAAAUGAAUAAACAUGAUGUAAGACAUUAACAAUAAACAACAUGAUAUAAUACUAUCACUUGAAUUGGUCGAAAUAUUUCAAUUAUGAAAUCAUUUUUUUUAUACGAUUCGACCAAUAACAAUUUCGUCUUUGAACAGUGAACGGUAUGAUCAAGUGGCAUACAUUUAUUUUUUAGGGAUGAAAGUCAUUAUGGUAAUGCCAAUUUUAAACGCGAGAUGAAAGGUUAUACGAUCUUCUAAGUUAAUGAAACUUUGCAGGGAUACAUUAUUUUUUGUUUUUAACUAUAAAACUCUCUUCUCAAGGACCACUGUCCAAUUCGAAGAGAGUAUGUUGCAUUAUUUUUAGGUUUCUGUCUGCUACUGGUAUAUAGUUCUGCAUGCAUUUAUGUACUCGUACUUAUACCAACUUAGGUUUUGAUGGGUUUUUUUUAGCUGUCAUAGUAAAAGUACAUUAAAAACAGCACUUCGGAUGCUCCAAAUCGGUAAAAGAUUAUUGCUAAUUUGUAAAUGACAACUUUCGAAAUUUUCAAAUAGCGGCUAAUUCAUAUGUGCCUCGAGUAUAGACAAGUUUUUAAAAAUCAGUUGAACAGGGCUUGACUCGUCAAAUUAAUACAAACCACAAACAAAUUAACAAAAGGUCCAAUACAACAGUACCGAUCUAAGUGUGCUCUCAGUCACUAAAAGAUAUAGUCCAAAGUCAGUUUCAACUAAUGGAAAGAUCAGGUUUUUCCAGACUAAAGAGACAUAACUUUUAAACUACAGACGCAUAAAAUUGUGUCCUUAUACAUUUAACUUACGAUCUCUGAAAGUUUAAAUAGAUGAAAGUUGAAUGACGUCAUCAUUUACUUUCUUCAGUUGCUCUUCCAUCCUUACACCAACACUUUAAGAUGGUACCUAACA